AUGGAAAAUAACCCGGAAUCCAUGGUCGAAGCUGUUUCGCCGUGGUAUCCCACAUGUGUACAAUUCCGCGAUUCAAGGGCAUCAAGCUCUAGAGAAGAGAUCAGAACUCACAAGGGGCCGUUAUCAGCUCUCGAUAUAUAUCCCCAAUGCAUCACAUGCCUACGUCUACUCUGCCCCCAAAAGAGCACAGCUGCAUAUAUAGAGUUUCAUGCACUGUUUGUCCGUGCGUGCGAAUAUAAUACUGGCAAAGUCGGAGGGCCAUCUACAGCUAACGGUCUAGUCGUCCAAGGAGUGCCCCUGAAAAACUAUUUCAGUGAACCGAUCACAGAAUAUCAUUCGUUCAUCUGCUUACUCUUGAUCAUGCAUGAUUCUCGAUAUCAUUCUAAAACCCCAAACGAAGAAAAGUACAGGUCAGAAGUUUUUAUCUUUAAAUUUUGUUACAGAUAUUUUUGA